GUAUGAAAACCGUAACCCUACUACUGGCGUUAAUUAGCCAUGUAGCCUCUAAUCUUUUAAUGCCCGGAAUAUACACAGAGGUUGUAGAAAUUCAACAGGGAAAGUAUCAACUGAUUGGAGUCCCACAAGCUGCUCUCAAUGGAACGGUCGUUCAACUUGAAUUCACAUGUGAUCCGGAAGUUGAACUUGAGUUUGAUACUGAAUUUGUCCUUCGCUCUUCGCCAUGUGACAAGGAAUUCUUUAACACGAAGGAAAACGAGAGACGCCAAAAUCUGGUUUUCUACUUCAACGAAACAAAUCAAAAUCAUAUCCCUGAUACAUUCGAUUACAACGAAAUAGUGUACUACAAGUCUCCAGUGCAAACUAUUUCCUGCAAAGGUUCUCAUGGACGUUUCCUGUUCCCCAACCCAACUGGACCAAUGGCAGUAAAACAAGUAACACCAGUACACGUAGACAGAGUAAAGAGAGAUGCUGGUCUUGGAUCUUUCCAUCCUGCACAGAGUAUUCCAAGAGACGGAAUUUAUUACAUGAUAAUUAAGGUCGUCGGGAAGUCAUUCCCAUCUAGUCCGAAUUCAAACACCAACGUCACAAUUUCGGUGCAAUGGAAAGCACCGUAUGGGUAUUUGUCUGCAAUCGACUGGCCACUGCUAAGAUUCUACAAAAUCAUGUGUGUCUUCUACUCGGCUCUAGCUCUCAUUUGGGUUUACUGUUGCAUUAAGUACUAUCGUGAUAUUCUUCGAAUUCAAUAUUGGAUUGGCGGCGUCAUUGUGCUCGGAAUGGUGGAGAAGGCGUUCUUCUUGUCGGAAUACGCAACCAUGAACGACACUGGAUCAAGCAUUGACGGAAUUCUGGAAGUGGCUGAAAUUGUGUCAUGUGCCAAGAAGACAAUGUCAAGAGUGCUAGUGAUAAUUGUUUGCGUGGGAUAUGGAGUAGUGAAGCCAAGAUUGGGGCAAACUUUGAAUCAAGUCGCAGGCGUUGGUCUUGUUUAUUUCAUUUUCUGCUCAAUUGAAGGAAUUGCGAGAGUUUCCAAGAACACGGUUGAGGCGACCCGACAAAAACAGUUCGCUGCUCUGCCUCUCGUACUCACCGAGAUGAUCAUCUUCUAUUGGAUAUUCACAUCGCUGGCUUCCACAAUCCGCAUGCUCCGUCUCAAAAGAAACGAUAUCAAGCUCAAUGUGUACCGUCAUUUCGCCAACACUUUGGCGUUCUCCGUUAUUGCAUCAGUUAUCUUCAUGCUGUGGAGUAUGAUUUACCACAUCUUCCCGACUUGUCGUGUUGAUUGGAAAGAACUGUGGGUCGACACUGCUUUCUGGCACGUGCUCUUCUGUUUUAUCCUAGUUGUCAUUAUGAUUCUCUGGCGUCCAUCACAAAAUAAUCAACGAUAUGCUUUCACACCUCUUCUUGAUGACAGUGAAGAUGAAAACGAUCAAGACGAAAUUUUCAACGCAUUUGCUCCUGGAUACGAUAUUCUCACCGCCCGGACAUCUGGAUCUGGGGCUGAAACUAGAAAACUUAGAGAAGCUGAGAAGGAGCAAGAGAGAAAAGAUGAAGCUAUUAAGGAGGACUUGAAAUGGAUUGAGGAAAAUAUUCCGACAACACUGGCUGAUACACUUAUCGGAGGUCUGGAUGACAAUGAAGAAUUCGAGUCAAAACAGCUGGAAGUUAGCAAGAUGUUAUAAUUUGGUACCUGUGUCAUUGUUCUUUCUCAUUUGACGUCAUGUUAUGCAUUCCAUCGAUUCACAAUGUUCUUCAAAAAACUCGUUACUUUAUAAUUAAUUUAGUGCAAUACGGUUAGUCCGUGUGUGUUCUGCAAUUCAAAUUUCACGUGGUGUAUAGUUUUAUACGGAUGGUCCUUUAUCUUUUGACUAAAUGUUCGUUCGAAAGUUUGUAUUUUUAUUGUAAAUUUUUUGAAUGCGAUAAUAAUAGCUUAUUUUGGUGUGUUGUGCUUACUUAAUGAUUUGUGAAUAAAGAAAAUGAAGAUAA